AUGGAGAACCGAGGAGAAAACGAGAGCAGAGGGAAAGCGAGUGAAGAAGAAGAUCUCCUCCUUAGGAGCAUAGACAAACCCAAAGAUGUAACAGAAAUCUCAAUGACUGAUGUCCCAUUAACCUCAAUAGUGAGGCCUGUGCUGAACAAUAUGGAGAAAAAUCCGGAUAUUACCUGCAGUCAACCAGGAUCAAAACAGAAAAGCUCUAUUUCCUAUAGAGACAAAGUCAUCCAACUGAACGGCCAAAAGUACUCUUCUCCUGAAGAAGAAGAUGAAUGGUCAAUCAGUCAAAGGGAAGAGGAGGAAGCGGAAGACAUGGACGAGGCUAAAGAAGAAGAUGAUCCCAUAUGCCCUACCUACAGAGUAUCUAAGGAACAACACAAAGAGGAUUGCAAACAAUGGAGGAAGGCUCUCAUUAUUAAGCUACUCGGAAGGAAGAUUAACCCAAAAUUCCUGAUGACGAAACUGGAGAAACAAUGGAACUUGGUCGGCUCCUAUGAACUAAUUACCCUGGACAAUGGGCACUUACUAAUUCGUUUCAAGGAGGAAAGGGACUACAUUCAUGUCCUUCAAGAUGGGUCGUGGAUUGUAGUGGAGCAUUACCUUGUGGUGCAAAGGUGGAGACCCCUUUUUAACCCCUACGAUGAGGAGGUGAGGAAGCUGGCGGUCUGGGUGAGAAUACCUAGAUUACCAAUCGAACUCUACUCAAGCCAACACCUUUGGCAGAUUGGGAAUAUAUUUGGUAAAACCCUUAAAAUUGAUAGGAGCUCUCUGAGGAAGAACGAAGCCGGAUAG